GCUCGCGAGUAGCUCGGCUCGUUUGCAUCCCUACUCACUGACUAUUUUUAUUUAUGAAUUUAGUCUAUUAAUUAUGUAGUAUUGUAAAUCAUGCCAAACAUUAGGUUGUAUAUCCACCAUCAGCAACAUAAUAAUAGUACCCUUUCCUUUCACUUGAAUACUUUUCCACGUUAGAGUGCACCUUUUUUUGAUUCAUUCAAAUCCUUAGAAAAAGAGUUCGCAUACCGGUCAUAUGGUUGGAGCAACAACUGUCAACGAACCACAUACUUGCAGUGGCGGUGAUGAGGGUAUGCGGGGAGGACCACCGUACAGGGCCCGUAAUUUCGAGGGGCACUUUUUUAUUAAAGGAAUCCGAUAUAUAUAUGUUAAUAUUUUUAAAAUAGUAUACCCAUUUCGCUCGCUCAAUUCUACUUCAACAACCUAGCACUCGGGUAGUACAAAUACCUUGUAAACAACCACCUAUUGACCACUUGGCCCAAGUUUUCACAUGCUCUUGAACUCUGGUUCGGUCCUUCAAUCUACGAGAAUUACCAAGCGACUUUGUUUAAACUCAAACAAACCACCACGGUUAACCACCUUUGUGAUGAAAUUUGAACGCCUAAGAAAUUUUGUGGUUCGGUUGCCAACGGAGGCCCUGCUAAAUUGUUUCAUCUACGGGCUCCGUUAUGACAUCCAACAAGACCUCUCGCUUCUUAAACCCACUACCUUCCAACAAGUUGUUGGCCUUUCUAAACUACUGGAAGACAAACUCUCUUCCCCUUUGUUUACUGCAUUAGCAUGCAUGUUUCUAUUAAUUCUAUAUUAUAUUGUUCCCGUUGUUGCUAACCGUCUUUUGGGCUAAUUACAGCCGUUCAAAGUCCUGAACUUUUAAUCUCAGCCGUAUAAAGUCUCUAAAUUCCUUCUAGAAGCAGCAGUUCACGGCAGUUCAGCUCUCUCUCACCCAUGAUCUUGCGGUUUCCUGCAGUUUAUCAAGAUGCACCAAUCAGAAAUACAGGUUGCAAUGCGGUUUAAAAUGUGUUCCUUAUUUUCAGGGAGUUAGUGGGGUAGUGGACACUUAACUGCAUUUUUUGGUGCCUAUAUAAUACAAGUUCAGGUAGUGUAAUCUUCUGAAUUUUUUUCGCUCUUCCUGUAUUCAUACAGCAACACAUCUGCAGCAAUGGAUAUCUCGGAUGACUUCGUGGACAUUUAUGAAGACGAUCAGCCUGCAAAGAAAGUAAGUUGGAAUCUGGGUUUUGAUGCAAUGACACCGAAGAAGAAUCAAAUAUGCAGCCCAAUGAAAGAUUCUCCGAAGACGGACAGUGGAAGUGUAGAGAUCAUUUCAUAUGGACAGUAUUUUAGUCUAUUCAAAUCUGAAAUACAUAGGGAGGUUAUUGAACAGAACAUAGAAAAGCAAGCUAAAAGAAAGCAUGCGCUCCUAACUUGGAAAUGGGAUGAGGUCAUUGAUAUUACCCAAAGUGAAGAUUCGAAUGGUCAGAAAGAUGCUUCUAAGGCAAAACAACAAGAUGAUUUGGAGUCUGAGUUAAGUGAUACAGCAGACUCUUUGGAUAGUCCAUUGAAAAGAUCAAAGAUUCCACGUAUAUCUAAAAAUUGCAACGAUCAUGUUGGAUGGGUUGAAUUUUAAGUUUACUCAGUUUAAGUCCUGUUUGUCAUAGUCAUCUUUUAUGUUUUGCCUUUCAAGUCAGUGUUUGUUAAGGUUUGUUUGUUCAUCUAUUUUUAGUUUAAAUGUA